AGUUCUCUCGUGGAUGUUGGCAAGUCAUGUGAAGUUCUUGAAAGCUAAGCACUCUUUGGUUCUGACUUCUGAGUUACAAUGUCGAUUAAUGUGAAUAUAUCUUUCUGACAACAAGCAAGUGACGAUGUGUGAAACAUGCUAAUUUGAUGAAUAUUUCUGAAAAUUGACGUUCAACAGAAAUGAAAGAAUUUAAUGAAGUUAGGGGAGGGAAACGAACCAAGUUCCCGGCGGACGAAUUAGUGGAUAAAGCUAUGGAAACCAUAGUGGCUAAUGCUAUUAAACUUAGAAAACAACAGGGUUUGCAGAGAAAUGAAGAAGACACGACGACAGGUGAACCUAAGCGCCAGGUCUUUUUCCCUUGCCCAAAGAAGAAGGAAAUGGAUUCGUUUCAGCUUCAGUAUUUCAACCUAACGCCUUCCUUUGUCACACGGAAACGGAAACCCGAUGGCUGCCCCGUGUCUGUUAAUUCAGACGUGAAUUCGCUUAGUGUGGCUUCACACCGAUUAUCGCAAAGUCAAGAUUCAUCAAUCCAGUGUAAUUCUUCCCAAGAUUCUUUCAAUGAUACAGUAGCCACAUAUCCUCCUGCAAAAAGAGAUGGCAAUAUCAUGUUGAAGAAACAUCAGAAAGUGCAGGUGGUAAGCCCAAUUCCCGACUUCAUGGCCAAGAAUUUUCCACUGGAUUUUCCAAAGGGUUUUACUGGAACAGCGUCCCCAGUAAUAUCUAAUCAACCAAAAACAACUCGGUCGUCGGAACCGUGCAAGAUUGCAACAAAGACUACGCAGUGCCAACAAGAGAAAGGUGACCAACACGAGAGGUACUCGUCAAAUUUCGAUGAUUUGGUAGAAGAACCGGUCAAAAACUCCAUGUUUUGGAUGUAUCGUAGCUUCCCACACAUUGCUUAAAACGAUCGCCAUAUUUUUUUGUUUUAACCUUUGUCAUUUAACAUUUUGCCACAUAGAAGAAAACAAGCCACAGUUUAUUUUUGCGUAAUUGCUCACCUUUUGUUUUCAUUAUUUUGUAUCUCUAUUCAUCAUUUCGUCGUAAUAUAAUUCUCGGAAAGAUACGGAGGAAUUUAAACACUAAUCUUUCAACUAAUAGAGUAAUAGUACAACGAAAACACACGUAAUGAUUUACAAUCCUUGUCUAUGUUUCUAUUUUCAAAAAUGAAGCUCGUUCAAACUUCCUGGCUCGUAAAACAAUCAUGCGCAAAACAAUCUUAUCGCAGUGACACACUGACACCACGAGAUGCAAGUACAUAUGGUCUGUCCUUCAAGCUAUGUUCCACCAUUCAUUUGAGUUCUAUUUGAUAAGGUAAAGCACAUUACAUUUCAAAAUUAAAAAUUCGGUGCCACAAAAUGCAAAGUGUCACAUUGAAGGAAUUAUUUUGAGUAAGUGAUUAGUGAAAAAUUGUGAUCAGUGAGUGGACAUUUACUAGUACCAACUAAACUAAAAACUAUGGUCAAAGGCGUGUCGAGAAAUUGUGUACCGGAAGUAAAGUGAAAUCAAUUGGCUUUCAAGAUGACGAGUACCUGCAUGUUCCAUACUCCAAAUCGAUAAAACUGAACGACAAACAUCGAUAAGAGCGAACCAGCCAAGAUAACGCGUAUGUGAAAGUGAACGAGACCCUAUUUCGGUAUAGCUGAUAGAUGAGUCGUCUUUCGACACACAUGAAUCAGUGCAUACACACGAUGUGCAUAUGGAUAGUCUAACGGAUUAUAGUGGUUCUUCAACUUUUAUUACAGGUUUAAAGUAUUCAAACAAAAACAACUUAUAUUUUUGUUUUACUGUGCUUGGUAUCGAAAUGACAAAGAAAAGAUUUAAACGAUAUUUUGUACUCCUUUUACUCAUCUUCAUGAUUCUGUCUCUGUUGCUGAUUGGUAAUCCGGAACGGUACAGCUACCGUGAUGUGAUUUUGAAUUAUGAGAAAGAAAUUUCAGCAAAUAACCAGACCUCCCUUGGAUACAAAAACAUUUUGAUUUGGAACGAAGCUGAUCGAACCGAGACCGCCAAUUUUGGAAUCGGUCACGCCCCUUUUGUUAAACACAAAUGCGAGGUCUCCGAUUGCGCAAUUUUUACUCGAGACACGUCAAUGUUGCCAUACGAAGAAUACGACGCCGUCAUCAUCCACAUGUUGUUCUUAAAAAUGUUCCAGUUGCCGAAUUUCGAGCGGCGAAGACAUCAGCGAUUCAUUUUUCUCACGCAAGAGACGCCCGUCAUGAUGCCGCUUUACAUAUCGUCGUUAGACAAUUAUUUCAACUGGACAAUGACUUACAAAAGAAAUUCGGAUGUUCAAUUCCUGUACGGUCGCAUCGAACCAGAAGCGACGGCUCCUAAAUCUCCCGAGCAAGUUGAAGAAAUGAUGGCAAAAACUCGUCACCCACUAGCCAAAAAUUACGCGGCCAAUAAAACUCGUCCGAUUGUCUGGAUGGUGUCUCACUGCCGUACAAGCGGUCAGCGAGAAACGUACGUCCGCCAACUUGGUCAGUACAUUCCUGUCGACGUUUACGGCAAGUGCGGCAAUUUUAGUUGCCCACGCAACGAGGACAAUUGGAUCUCCGAUCCGAAAUGUUACGACAUGCUCCAAACGCGAUACAAAUUCUAUUUGUCGUUCGAAAAUGCCUUUUGCACCGAUUACGUCACGGAGAAGUUCUUCGAAAUCAUGGACCACGACAUGAUACCGAUCGUGUAUGGUGCGGCUAACUAUAGCGAGAUCGCCCCUCCUCAUUCGUACAUCAACGCCCUGGACUUUACGCCGGAAGGACUGGCCAGGUAUUUGCAAAUGCUCGAUGCCAACGAUACCCUCUACAACGAGUAUUUCUGGUGGAAGAAUCACUACCGAGUGGAGUCUGGGGAACCCCAGAUGGCCAGAUAUGGUUUUUGCGAUUUGUGUAAGAAACUCCACCAGGAUGAGAGUGUCAAGUAUUACCCGGAAAUAAGAUCAGAGUGGCAUCCGAAUUCUCAGUGUCGCCAUUUGAGUUCAACUUGGGAAAAUUCCCAUCGAAAUUAUCUGACCCCAGUCCUGUCUUGGCUGUUAUAUUUGAUGGGAUUUGUCUUGUAAUUU